AUGAGAGCCCCUUCCGUUGCAUUGAUUCUCGGUUUCGGCCCUGAAUCGGAGCCUCUCAACUCCAAGACGGCCGGGGGCUUCCUCUCUCUCAAAGCAGAUUUCACCAAGCCGGACUCGAUCCCCCCACUAUUCGCUGCCGUCAGGGACGAGUUCCAUGCGUCUCCCAGUGUCGUCGUCUACAAUGCCGCAGUCCGUACGCCGCCACCUGUCAAGGAGUCCGUGUUCUCGACUCCAGCCGAGACAAUCGUGUCAAACUUGAGCGUCAACAUCAUCAGCCCUUAUGUGGCCGCCCGACAGGCUAUCAGCGGAUGGGCAUUGCUGCCGAAUGAGACCAAGAAGACGCUCAUAUACGUAGGCAAUAUCCUGAACGUGUGCGUUGUGCCCUCGCCGAUCAUAAUGACUCUGGGCAUGGGCAAGUCCGCCUCGGCGUAUUGGAUCGGGCUUGCCGACGACCUGUACUCCACCCUGGGCUUUCAGUGA